GUUGCGUGCCACGGCCACAAAGACCAAGACCAAGACGAAGAUUCGGCCAACUCCACAAGCGGUGCCCGCGCAGUCGGCCCCAGAGUGGCGAGAGAGGCAUUGGUUUCCAGUAGCUUCCACCUUGGAGCUUGAUCCCAAGCGACCGACACCCGUGCGCAUCGAUGGUCUGGAUCUCGUGGUGUGGCAGGUUCCCGGUGAGGAGGGUCACGAGAAUGGAGGCUGGAAGGUCAUGCUGGACGCCUGCGCGCACCGCUUGGCGCCUCUCUCCGAAGGAAGAAUCGAGCCGAAGACGGGUUGCCUCCAGUGCGCCUACCACGGCUGGGAGUUCAACGCCGAGGGCAGCUGUACCAAAAUACCACAAGUGGAGGAGACAGAGGCCGUCAAAAUGUGCGCGAACCCCCGGUCGAGGGUGCGUUCAUUUCCCACCACGGUUGCGCUGAAGCUGGUUUGGGUUUGGCUCGGAGAAUCGGAGGCUAAGGGUUCACCGGCCGAGCUGGUCACCGGUACGCACCUGGACGAGAUGGAGAUCCUGGGCAGCUACACCAGGGACUUGCCCUACG